UGAUUACAAUUGGCCUACACUCUCAGUUCCCGAGGAAAAUACUCAGUCACACACCAACCAUGGCCUACGUACAAUUGACCCUUCUCUGUGUAGCAUCUCUCUGCUUCUUGGCCCCAUGCAUGUCUAUGACACCAGAAGAGGCGAGAGUCGUUGUUUGGAAAACGAGCGGUGAAGCUCUGGGCGAGGCGAAAGCCAAGUUGGCCAUGCUGGUCAAAGCGACCCAGGCAUCUGCGACCACCCCUGAGCAGAGGUCCUGCGUCGGGAGGAAAGUCGGAUUCGCCUUCCAAGAUGCCAAAAUGAGAGUCUACCAAGCUACAAUGCAAGUCGUACAAUUCGGCCACGACCACGGGAUGGACGUCGCAUCCACUGAUGUCGAGACUGCGAGGAAAGUCGUCAGCGAGGAAUUGUCUAAGGUCGUCAACAGUGUAGUCAAAGACAACGAACAACUUUUUAAACAAUGCUUGGCCUAAAUGUGAUUUCACGUUUUCACUUAAAGAUAUUAAAUAAAUAAUUAUGAAUUAA